AUGGGGAAGGGGGCGAGGAGCGGGAGGCGCAGCCGUGCGUCUGGCGCUGGCGGGGGUGGAUGCGGGAGCAAGCGCCCGCGGCGGGUCGCGGAGGAGGAACAGGAGGAGGAGCAGGAAGAGGAAGUGGAGCCAGUGGAGGGGGAGGACUAUUGCUUCGUCUGCAAGGACGGCGGCGACCUCCGCGUCUGCGACUUCAGGGGCUGUCACAAAGCUUACCAUCCUGCUUGCGUGGGGAAAGAUAGCGACUUCCUUAAUUCAGAUGAAGAAUUCAUCUGUAAAUGGCAUACUUGCUUUAUUUGCAAAGGGCGGUCACGUUAUUAUUGCUUUUGCUGUCCGUGGCACGCCUUUUGUCAAGGUUGCGUGAAACAAGCAGAAUUUGUCCCAGUCUUGAGGAAGACAAAGGGAUUCUGCACCAAUUGUUUAAGGAUGGCAAUCAUGAUUGAGAAGAAUGUUGAUGUUGACUCCGAUGGGGAAAGGGUCGAUUUCAAUGACAUGUCGACUUAUGAAUUUUUAUUCAAGGAGUAUUGGGAGGAGAUGGUUAAAGACAAGGAGGGCAUGACUCUGGAUAAGCUUGAAAAAGCAUAUGCUUCUCUGAAAAAAGAUCUAAACUGCAGACAAGAUCUAGAUUUAGAAAAGGUUCAUGAUGAAGAGUGCAGUUCAGAUGAUGAUUUUGUGGGCAAUAGUGAUGACGACGACGACAACAAGCCAUCUUCCAUAACCAAAUUCAAUGGAACAUCAAAUACAAUGAAAUCCUUCCUGAGGGCUGAUAAGUCAAUGAAGAAUGGCUAUGUGGGCUGGGGUUCAAAAGAGCUCAUUGAGUUCCUUUCCUCAAUAGGCAAAGAUACAUUGAACUCCCUAGAUCAACAUGGUGCUACUGAAGUUGUGAGGGUGUACAUUCAACAAAAAGGUCUCUUCGCAAAAGAUAAUAAGAAAAAACUUGUCCUAUGUGAUGACAAGCUCAAGAAUUUGUUUAGGAGGUCAAAAGUGAGGUACAACAGGAUAUUUAGCUUGUUAGGAAAGCAUAUUGCUGUGGAUAUGACAUCAGAGGAUGAAACUUUUGCGAACUCUGACGAUAACAAUGAAACAUUUGUGAAAAAGAAAGCUCGUAUUGGGAACUACAGUUCCAGUACUCCAGAAAUAAACAAGAAAUGUUUUGCUGCUCUUGUUCGUGAUAACAUUAAUUUAAUCUACUUGAAGAAAUCUUUGGUUGUGGAUCUACUAAAGGAGCCAUAUACAUUUGACAGCAAAGUUAUUGGUUGUUUUGUGAGAGUAAAGAUCGAUCCCUACGAUUAUAGUUUCUACAUGCAUAAAACGUUGCGCCAGCAUAAAAAGUUGCACCAGCUUGGACUAGUAACAGGCACCAGGAAAUCCUCUGAAGAAUACAAGAUAAACAACGUAUUGGCAGAUGUUCUUUUAUGUAUUUCCAGCAUACCUGAUGUCAAAAUUUCGAGUUUGUCAGAUGACGAAUUCGAUGAGGAAGAAUGUCAAGAUCUUCGGCUGCUGGCCAAGAAUGAAUCCUUUAAAAGGCCUACUGUUGGUGAUCUUGAGGAGAAAGCAAGAAGUUUACGCAGGGACAUAGUGAGUCAUUGGAUCAGUAAAGAACUCCAGAGGCUAGAAAGAUUAAUUGACAGGGCAAGUGAGAAAGGUUGGCACAAGGAAUAUCCUUGCUAUAUGAGCUCUUUUAAUCAUUUUGAAUACCUUGAUAAGAAACAGCUCUUGCGAAAACCAUCUGAACAACAACGUCUACUUGAAGAGGUCCCACAAGUUAUUCCAGAGAUGGAAGAUAGUAAAGAUACCGAAUUUCAAGUUACAGGACAAGACAAACCUAUUCAAGAGAGUACUGUCUCUUUACAAGGUACCAAUGGGACAGGGUCUCCUUUUUUGAAGACCUGCACAGAAAAAAAUUUCAAAGGUACUGGUGGCGAGAGAAAUCUUUCCUUGAAAAGUUUAUUGGAAGAAAAAUAUGAAGUUACUACGGCCUACACCGAUGGUGGUACCGCUGUAAUACACACUCCAAAUCAGAGCACUAAAGCUGCCAUUGCAUUUUCUCCUGAGCUACCAAAGUAUUUACAUCGCCAAGCUGCCACUGAAGCCAAUAAUGCUGGUGAUAUUUCACCUGUUCAAAAGCUGGAUGCUGAAGGUGCUAAAGCUAGCACUGAUGGUGAUAAAACUGGAACAGAUGUGAAGCACGGGAGCAUUGAAGCUACCAAAGCCAACACUGCCGGUGAUGCACCUGGAGCAUUUUUUCAAAAGCAGUGUGCUAAAGGUGCUAAAGCUAGCAUUGAUGGUGAUAAAACUGGAACAGAUGUUCAACACGGGAGCAUUGAAGCUACCAAAGCCAGCACUGGCGGUGAUGCACCUGGAGCAUUUUUUCAAAAGCAGUGUGCUAAAGCUGCUGAUGUUAUUACCAUUGAAGACGACGACGACGAUGACAAUCAUCCUUGUGAUAAAGGAGAACAAACAGCAGUAGUUGCUUUUGAAGAAAAAACAGCAGUAGUUGUUGAUCUAGAAGCUGAUGAUGCCGGGGAUAACCAUCCCGUGCAACACGAGACAAAUAGCAGAGGCCAUAGACACGUGAAGGUGAAUGGAGAAGUCCCGCAGCCCAUUUGGUAUUACAUUGAUCCUCAGGGUGAGGAGCAAGGGCCAUUUAUAAUGCAGCACCUGCGCAUGUGGUGGGAAAGUGGCUUCUUCACCAAGGACUUCAGAGUCUGGAGAGCAGGCCAAACUAGCAAGGAUGCCAUCUUGCUCACAGACGCACUACAGAUGAUGACCAGGUAG